AUGACAAAUACACUUGGCACGGAUGAACUAUUCAAGGAAGGUGAUAAAUUAGUUUCAGAAAAUGGCAUUUACCGUACUUCUUUACAAGUAGAUGGAAAUCUGACUAUCAGUGAAGGGAAUGCAUGGGAUCUAGGUAAUUUAAAAUGGACAACAAUAGGGACUAAAAGUGGUAUUGGUCCGUUUUAUUUAAAAAUGCAACACGAUAGUAAUUUAGUUAUUUAUGAUUCUCUCGAUAAACCUACUUGGGCUAGUCAAACGUGGAAUUGUGGGACUCCUCCUUAUCGUCUUGUUCUGAAUGAUGAUGGACAACUUGUGAGUUAUGAUAGCGAUAAUCAGUCAAUAUGGACCAGUGCUAAAGCUCAACCGAAGCCAGAUACACUUAGAAAUGAUCAGAUAUUAAAGGAAGGCAACGAAAUAGCUUCGCUUAAUGGUUUUUACGGCGCCAUCCUAAAAGCGGAUGGAAACCUCGUUGUAUACCAAAAAAUAUGGAGUUCUGGCGAAAAUGAAAACGGUGAAGGUCCAUAUCAUUUGAAAAUGCAAAAUGAUGGUGAUUUGUGUAUCUAUGAUAGUCAAAAUAAAUGCAUAUGGUCAUCUGAAACGCGCAAUAAGGGAAAUCCACCUUAUAAUCUUGUUAUGCAAGAUGAAAAACAACUAUGUAUUUUGGAUCGUGACAACCGACCUACUUGGAAAACCCUCGGCAGAAACAGUUACGAGGCUUCUCCAUCAGAUACAAGCUCAUAUUGGACGCUACGACCACCUGAAGAAUUUAUCUGGUCAAGGAUUAGUUGUGAUGGUUGUCACAUGUAUCCACUUGUUGGCUUAAGAUACCAAUGUAAACAGUGUGUAGCGGAUGGUAAAGCAACUACUUCAUAUGAUCUGUGUCAAGCAUGUAAAGAGAAAGGACAUGAACAUGAACUAGAACUAGUGCCACAACCAGUUGAAUGA